GCGGCCGCCCGCGAGCCUCGGGUCGCAAGAGCCCGACCGCGACCGAGGGGAGGCCAACGUGGUGACGCGGGUGUCGCAAUGGGCAGACAACCAUCUGCGCCUUGUCCAGGUGCCACGACCCGGCGGGGUGGACUAGCCUGAGCGGGGUGAUCGCGCCAGGCCUCGAAGAGGACCAGCAGGGGCGGAAGGACAACCGGGCCAACAGGAGAAUGGCGGGGGGAGGUGACAUCGCCUCAUUUGCUGUCCUGGUGGCGACAGUCAGAACAUCAGCACCGGAAUGGCCAUAGCUGGGAUAGUGUUACUAAUAAGGAGCGUUCGGCUGAUAUCAAAAUUUACAACCUCUUCAGAUAUUCCAGUAGAAUUUAUAAGAAAGAAAGUUAAACUACGUGGCCGAUUACGGCGGAUAACUGAGUGUGGUCUAGAAAUUGAACAUAUACCUAUUACUUUACCUUUCAUAUCUUCAUGGAAACAAGAACCAUCUGGAGUUUUGCUGGUUAAACUGGCUGGAGUAGAACUCACUGAAGCCGGUAAGAUGUGGUUACAGGAAGAGCUGAAACCUUCCCAGCUGCUAUGGUUCCAGCUCCUUGGAAAGGAGAAUUCAGCACUCUUUUGCUACCUUUUAGUAAACAAGGGUGGAUUUUUUAACGUGAAUCUGAAUGAAGAGAUUUUGAGAAGAGGCUUGGGCAAAACCGUCCUUGUUAAAGGGCUAAAUUACGAUUCAAAAACCCACUGGAAAAUUCACAGAAACUUACUUAAAGCUGAAUUGACGGCCUUAAAGAAAGGAGAAGGAGUAUGGAAGGAAGAGUCUGAAAAAGAAAGUUAUUUUAGAAAAUUGAAAGAUUCCUGGAGAGAGAGAUGGACAAAGGACAAUGAUUUAAAGCCAGCCAGAGCAGACCUCAGCCCCACCAAAGAUGGUUAUCAUGACAGCCUGCGCGGGGCGUUCGGGAGCUGGAAGGACAGUGUGGGCAACUCCUCUUUCCUUCUGAAGCUCAGAGAGUUUGUAAGCCGCUUACACUUUCGGAGGAAAGGAUGAAGCAUUGUGAGGUCUGGAGGUAACCCCUGAAGAGUGCCACGGAACUGUGUGAGCACUUUUCAUUGAGGCAAAGUGGGAAUUCCCUCAGGUGAUCAAAAUCUCUGUCUCGGAGUACAUUACAACCAUUGUUAACAUCAGAAUCAAUUGGAAUGAAUUAUGAUCAACGUAAUAUACUUUUAGAAAGAAUGACACACUGUAAAAAGUUACCCAGUAGAAGGAUAUAUAUAUAUAUAUGCAGAACAAAUGUUUUGCCUUUUUCUUCUUCCUCCCUGCCCCUAGUGCCAGGGAUUGAACUUAGGGCGUCAGGCACUCUGGUCUAGCAGCACACCAUUACUGAGCUACAUUACCAGGCCUAUAAUGCUAAUGUGUGAAGAGAAAGUUUAAGUAUUGACUGUUACAUUAGUUAUUUGGGGCAGCCAUAUUUAACAUUUGUUUUUCAGUUUUAUCAACUUUAUAAUAAAGGAUUUUAAAAAAAGA